CAUGGAACACGGAACUAAAGAGAGUAGGCCUACAUCCUGUACGUUUUGCAACAAGUAAACUAUACAUGCACUUGUACUCCUGAUCACUGACUGGAACGAAUGCACAAAGCAGGUUUUGCCAAGUACACAGCUAGACUGCAAUGUAUGACAUUUUCGCUAAAACGAAGUGGUGUAGGCCUUCCGUAUGAAGUGAACCAUGUUCUUCUUUUCUAACUCUUACUGAUUGGUAGCGGUUGUGGCCUGUAUCUUGAAUCCCGUGCAUAUAGAACCUCUCUUUAUAAAGAAAGAGAUCUUAAAUUUGCAUCGGGGAUAAAAUAAUGAGAUGAGAACACGAGAGCACCCUUGAUGAAACAUCCACUCUCAGUAUAAGAACCUGAAUGAAUGAAUAAGAUGGCUGGAUGAACAAGAUGCUACUGUCUUGUGGAGGUAGAGUUUAUAUUUCAUAUUUUCGGAAAUAAUUUGACAAAUUAUUUCGUUACUUAAACUAAGAGCUGAAGCAACUCGUGAAAAUCACCAUUUCUAAUUAUCCUCCUUUAAACUCGUUACAAAGGAGGAUAUAAUAUUUGCCAUGGCAGGCAUUCUAAUGUACUCAAAUAAAAAAGGCCAAAGUGUACAAUAAUAUGCCAAACACGGAUUUGAACUAGCGAGGGCUCUUUAGGCUCUGUUAUUCAUUGUCACCCACUCAAAACCUAUGUAUACCGUGGUUUUACACCAUGGAAUGCGGAACUAAAGAAAAUAUAUCCUGUACGUUUUGCAAUAGCCUAAACCUUAUACACUAUGAACUUAAAAUGAAAACAACAUCUUCCGAACAUUGCACUGUGACUGUACUUCUGAUCACUGACUGGAAAGAACGCACAAAGCUGGUUUUGCAAAGUACACAGACUGCAUUGGAUGAUAUUUUCGCUAAAACGAAGUGGUGUAGGCCUACCGUAUGAAGGAAAUCAUGUUCUUCUUUUCUAACUCUUACUGAUUGGUAGCGGUUGUGGCCUGUAUCUUGAAUCCCGUGCAUAUAGAACCACCCUUUAAAGGCAUUUGGAUCCAAAACAAUGCUUCAUACAUCGUAUGGAGCUGCACUAAUUUGGACGGCGUUGGUUUAUCAACUAAUGACGUCAUCAAAUGCGCAGGCUACCGGUCCCGGAUAUUUGGGGUGCUUUGAAGAUGGUAGGUUAUUGAAUGGUGGUCGGAAUUUGAGAGGGGAUUCAACAACCUCCGACAGCUUGUCCGUGGAGUGGUGUUUCAAUUACUGUGGCAGUAGAUCAAAUAAAUAUGCUGGUGUCGAAUAUACGCGUGAAUGUUACUGCGGAAACAACGAGGAUUAUGGAAGACGUGGGACAGCAGCAGAUUCAGAGUGCCGGAAUAUUUGUCCAGGCAACUCCAACCAAUACUGCGGUGAUACUUGGCGAAUAGCGAUCUACCAAAUUUCCCAAGGAGUUUGCAAUAAUGUAAUUGGCCCACCAGCCCACGGGAGCCAUGAAGUCACAAAUCCUACCCACGUCUCUUAUAGUUUAGCAAACUACAAGUUCUUUGGUACCUGUGUACGCUUCGAGUGUGACCCUGGACACGUUAUUCAAGGUGAAGAUUCUAUCGAAUGCACACGGAGUGGUAACACUGCAGAAUGGAGCAACUCUGUACCAACAUGUACAGCAGUUGUACCACCGACAACUUUUUCAUACACAGCAUCGCCCCCGACAACGACCCAGACUAAUAACACACCCAUGGCAAUGACAACUGUUUCACACACAGUUACAAGUGUAGUGCCCACGACUACGAACCAGACUAACAACAUGGUAGUGACCGCCUCGUCGGGAGGGCCAUCGAGUAACCCUGGUGACACCACUGAUGGGCGAGAGAUACCCAAUAACCCACAAGCAUCCAAAACAGGGACUAUUAUAGGAACAAGUGUUGGAGUGAUCUCAGCUUUGGUUAUUCUUCCGGUAGUUGUCAUAAUUCUUUUCCGAAGGAGAGACAACAAGAGAAACGCAAGCUCUGACGUGGCAAUGGCUGAAGUUACAUCCACCAUCAACCAGACCCAAAGAGACUCUGACGUCGUCAGCACAGAACCAAACCAAGCCUCAACUAUACCAGUAUACAGUCAAGUUAUCAAGAACCGGACUAAAAACGAAAACGUGUACGCGAAUCCCGAUGACGUCACUAAUUUAGCAGCGGAGUCGGCGUAUGAAGUUAACUUAGAUAUCCAGCCUUCUUCAAAUGAAGACGAAAAUGAAACCGGAUUGGUUGACAAUAUCCUGUAUGAUAGUUCAGCAUUGAAAGACGAGUCAGAGAUGAGGAACAAUGAUCUAAACGACGAGCAUGUUGGGGCCUUAACAACCAUGGAAGAACAGCCAGGAUGGGUUGAAAAUAUUAUUUACGAAUAAUAUGCAAUACUUAUAUAGCUAUGUAUAUCAAAAUAUUAUGGGCAUUGGAUUUAAAUCCUGCGGUAAAUUUCACUAAAAGCUGGGAUUGAUCUAUAGACGAGUCGGCAAAUGAGUUUACCAUAAUUCCAAAACAAGAACAACAAAAACAUUGACACUUACAUCGACAACGACAACAACAGCGACAAUGCAAUCGACAACGACAUCGACAAUGAAAACGACAGCAACCACAACAUCGACAGCAACAACAUCGGCAGUAACAACAUCGACAGCGACAACAUCGACUGCGACAACGACAUCGACAGCAACAACAUCGACAGCAACAACAUCGACAGCAACAACAUCAACAGCGACAACAACAGCGACAGAGACACCGACAACGACAUUGACAACGACGACAUCGACACCAACAAUGAACAAUAAGGACAGUGAAUGCUUUAGAGUACAAGGCAAUGGCGUGCCUGUUAUUACACUAGUGUGGGUCUGUUAGGUUUUGUUCGUUCGACCUAACAAAGUAAGAGAGAAAUAAUUAUGUUUGAACAAAAUCAUAUUUGUUUACCCUUGAGUCUAUGCGGGCUUCAGUUUGAAUCAAUAUUGUUGUUGUAACAAUUGUAUCUGCAAGCUUACCUCAAUUCUUCUGUCGGAUGCGUUCAGAGAGUUCAACAUCUGUAAUCAUCAUAUCCUUUGUAAAUAAAGUCAAUUAGAGUGAAACCGAGAGUGAAACAUGUAACCAUAAAAUAUUGUAUUUAAUUACUGAAAGGUUUGACAAUCACACACACACUUUUCAAGCACUGAGUAUACAGUGCUUAGUCGGUGUUAAGGUUGAAAUAGAUUAUAACACUUCAUGCGUUUGUACUUCAAUUUGGCAAACUUCGAUUUGGAAAUACAAAAUUAGUGUUUGGGUACAUUUAAUUGUCAGUCACCUU